AGUACUCCCUUUGUGGGGUUCGUGGCUUGACGUUUGUAUUUUUUUUUCUAUAGACGCAUCGUAUAAUAUUAGGAAAUUGUACAAUUUUCACCCAUAGGUACUUAAAAUUCAGGAGAUUGUGUACAGUUUUAGGAGUAUCAGGAGUUAGAAAUAGACAAAUAGGCACCCACAAUGACUGACUAUAGCGAUUUAGAUCGGCAGAUAGAGCAGCUGAAACGAUGCGAAAUCAUCAAGGAGAAUGAGGUGAAGGCAUUGUGUGCAAAGGCCAGGGAGAUCCUCGUGGAGGAAGGGAAUGUCCAGCGUGUGGAUUCACCAGUAACCGUGUGUGGAGACAUCCACGGGCAGUUCUAUGAUCUGAAGGAACUGUUUAAAGUGGGCGGAGACGUCCCUGAGACAAAUUACCUGUUCAUGGGGGAUUUUGUUGAUCGGGGCUAUUACAGCGUGGAAACCUUUCUGCUGCUGCUGGCACUCAAGGUUCGCUAUCCGGACAGAAUAACACUGAUUCGUGGCAAUCACGAAUCCCGACAGAUCACACAGGUUUAUGGCUUCUACGAUGAGUGCAUGCGAAAGUACGGUUCUGUAACCGUCUGGCGCUACUGCACUGAGAUCUUUGACUAUCUCAGCCUUUCGGCCAUCAUUGACGGCAAGAUUUUCUGCGUUCAUGGCGGUCUCAGCCCUUCCAUUCAGUAUCUGGAUCAGAUCCGUUCAAUCGAUCGCAAGCAGGAAGUUCCACACGAUGGACCCAUGUGCGAUCUGCUGUGGAGUGAUCCCGAGGACACGCAGGGCUGGGGCGUUUCGCCACGCGGAGCUGGAUAUUUGUUCGGGAGUGAUGUUGUGGCUCAGUUCAACACAGCCAAUGACAUCGACAUGAUCUGUCGGGCGCAUCAGCUCGUCAUGGAGGGCUACAAAUGGCACUUCAAUGAAACCGUUCUCACCGUGUGGUCUGCUCCAAACUAUUGUUAUCGUUGUGGAAAUGUGGCGGCAAUUCUGGAGUUGAACGAGCAUCUGCAGAGAGACUUUACCAUCUUUGAGGCAGCCCCGCAAGAAAGUCGAGGCAUUCCGUCGAAAAAACCACAAGCAGACUACUUCUUAUAAUGUUCUCCCAUGCGCCCUCAUCUCGAGUCAUCCUCUGAGAUUCCCAUAUUUUUAAUUGAGAAUCCCGUCGAGACACAAUCCCAGCUCCCAUUCUCUCCCCCUUCCCGCGCAUCAUCUCCUGGCUAGCGUACGAUGGGCAUUGAGGAAUCCGGACAAGACUUAGAGAUCCUCUAGCAUUUUUUUAUUCAUUGAUUUCUAUGUAUUCACGAGAAUAAUCACAUAAGCGAGCAAAUAAGAGAUAAAUAAAUUAGAGAACCAGACUA